UCCCACCUCCGUUAAAGCUUUCCUUAUUAUUAUUAUCAUCAUCAACACAAAAACAGUACAUUAUCUCCUGUUUUCCUGGAUCAAGGUGAUUAUUGGUCUCGUCGAAAUGGAAGUUAUCGGGGGUUAAAACUGCUGAAUUUUAUGGCCUUAAGAGAUAUUUGGGCGAUGUGUGGGGAAAGGAACGGGUGCAAAUGUGUGAGAAAGAUUUUACCGGGUGCGACGGUCGGUAACUACUCGAAGAGCAAGGCCACUGGUAUGGAAUAUGAAUCAGACUGGACUAAGAAUAGAGUAUCAUCGGUGUUAACAGCACAAGUGAUCCGUUCCGCUACGUCGCUUAUGCCUUGGUGUUGUAAAAUCCCUAUAGGUGAUGGAUUCCAUGAGUUUCUUUAAUUAGUUGACUAGCAUUUGUAGAAUUAUCAUCGCAUUCUUUCGGGAAAUAUAUAUUCGAAUUCAAGGAAUCGUUUAGAAAAUGACUGGUUUUGUGAGAGAAAAGAAGAGAAUCACGGAACCGAAUACGUGCCUUACCACCUCAGUUAUGCAAGAUACACUGAUUCGUUGGAAAGGCAAUCCACAUCCAUCUUCUGCAGCCAUUGAUGAAUUAGACAGCACGCUGCUUCCGGGGCUUCCUGAUGAUGUGGCUAAGUAUUGCCUUGCUCUUGUUCCUCGUUCCAGCUUCCCCGCCAUGGGCGGUGUAUGCAAGAGGUGGAGAUCGUUCAUUCAAAGCAAAGAAUUCUUAACAGAGCGAAAGAUAGCCGGAAUGCUUGAAGAGUGGCUUUAUGUUCUCACUAUGGAUUCCGAAGGAAAGGAAAGCCACUGGGAGGUUUUGGAUUGCUUGGGGCAGAGACACAAGCUUCUUCCACCAAUGCCUGGUCCUGAAAAGGUCGGGUUCGGGAUAACUGUCCUUAAUGGAAAGCUGCUUGUCUUAGCAGGCUAUUAUGUUUCGAACAGGACUGCCUCGGCUUCAGCUGAUGUUUACCAAUAUGAUUCUUGCCUCAACAGCUGGAGCAAACUAGCAGACUUGAAUGUUCCUCGCCAUGAUUUUGCUUGCGCGGAGGUCAACGGUGCGGUUUACGUUGUUGGAGGAUAUGGGUCAGAGGGCGAGAGCCUCUCCACUGCAGAGAUGUAUGACCCUGAUGCAGAUAAGUGGACCCUUAUUGAAAGUCUACGCCGACCUCGUUGGGGUUGUUUCGCAUGUGGAUUGAACGGAAAACUCUAUGUCUUGGGUGGUAGGUCGAGCUUCACUAUAGGAAACUCGAGGUUCGUCGAUGUGUACAACCCCGAGAAGCACACCUGGUGCGAGAUGAAAAACGGUCGUGUGAUGGUCACUGCACAUGCCGUGCUGGGGAAGAAGCUUUUCUGCAUGGAGUGGAAGAACCAACGGAAGCUGGCGAUAUUCAACCCGGACGACAAUUCUUGGAAGAUGGUUCCGGUGCCAUUGACGGGUAGCACGAGUAUAGGGUUCCGUUUCGGGGUACUGGACAGGAAACUUCUAUUAUUCUCGGUGGAAGGAGACCCCGGUUACCACACCCUUUUGUACGAUCCGGAUGCGGCCCCGGGUUCUGAAUGGCAAACUUCUGAAAUAAAGCCAUCCGGUUUGUGCCUAUGCAGUGUGACAAUCAAAGCUUGAUUAAUCGAGGGAUCUCAACUGACCAA